AUGAAUAGUAAAUCUUCAGUUGAUCAUUCCAACAAAACUGAGCGUGCGUUACUCGUAGUCGAUAUUCAAAAUGAUUAUUUUCCAGGUGGAUUGUGGACAUUAUAUGGCAUGGAUGCUGCUGCCGAUAAUGCAGCUCGUAUUCUCGCAGCGGCUCGUACCUCUGGUGAUCUCAUUGUUUAUAUUCGCCACGAAUUUACGACCAAUGCUGCACCAUUUUUUAAACCAGGAUCUACUGGUGCUCAGAUUCAUCCAAAAGUGCAGAAUUUGAAAGAUGAAUAUGUUGUAGUGAAAUAUUACACGAAUUCCUAUCGAGAAACUAACCUAAAAGACAUACUAGAUCGUCAUGGUAUUCGACAGGUUGUCAUAUGUGGUGCUAUGAGUCAAAACUGUAUCGAUGCUGUGACUCGUGCUUCCUUUGACUUCGGAUAUGACUGUACUGUUAUUCACGAUGCUUGUGCCGCCCGUGAUCUUGAAUUCAAUGGAAUGCCAAUUCCAGCUAAAUAUGUUCAUGCAGCAUUUAUGGCUGCCCUUCAAUUUGCCUAUGCUAAGACCAUUUCCACAGAUGAAUAUCUCGCCAGUGAAAAAAAGUAA